AUGCACUGGCCUCUCACAUCCUCUCCCUCUGCGGCUCUGCCCCGUUCAUCAUCUUCCCACCCGCAGCUAUCGUACGUGGUGGUGGAGGGGCUCAUGUGGCUGGGCGUGCGGGACUUCAUCAACAGUUUCCGCAAGAAGCUCAAGCUGCCGCCCAUCCCGCUGCGCAACCACCCUAAGAUGCGCAUCCCCUUUGGCUACAUCUGGAGCCCCACGCUCGCCCCCAAACCCCAUGCAACUUGUCAUCCGCCCCUGCUCUCUGAACCCCAACCGCCAGACUGGGGCAACCUGAUAGACGUGGUGGGCUUCUGUUUUCUCAACCUGGCGGACCACUACUCGCCCCCAGCGUACAUCCAACAGUUUCUUGACUCCGGCCCGGCCCCCGUCUUCAUCGGCUUUGGUAGCUUGCCGGUGUCAGACCCCAAGGGGCUGACACAGAAGUUGGUGGAGGCAUUGCAGCGCACGGGGCAGCGCGGGAUACUGCAGGAGGGCUGGGGGGAGCUGGGCAAGAUGGAAGCACCCAACCCCAACGUGCUGGUGAUCGGCAACUGCCCGCACGACUGGCUCUUCCCUCGCUGUCGGGCUGUGCUGCACCAUGGGGGGGCGGGCACCACUGCUGCUGGGCUCAAGGCAGGGCCAUGCAGGGCUGUGCUGCACCAUGGGGGGGCGGGCACCACUGCUGCUGGGCUCAAGGCAGGGGUGAGUGGGGCAAGACGGGGGUGCGUGGCAUGCCUUUCUUGUUACAAGUGUGGGUGGUGUGCAUGCCAGCGUGCAGCCAUGCAGGGCUGUGCUGCACCAUGGGGGGGCGGGCACCACUGCUGCUGGGCUCAAGGCAGGGGUGAGUGGUGUAUGCAUGGUUGCAGUGGUGGGGCAAGGCAGGGGCGAGUGAGUGCUGUGUGGGGCAAGGCAGGGGCGAGUGGGGCAAGGCAGGGGCGAGUGGGGCAAGGCAGGGGCGAGUGGGGCAAGGCAGGGGCGAGUGGGGCAAGGCAGGGGCGAGUGGGGCAAGGCAGGGGCGAGUGGGGCAAGGCAGGGUGCCCCACCACCAUCAUCCCCUUCUUCGGCGAUCAGCCCUUCUGGGGGGCGAGCGUGCAUGCAGCGGGGGUGGGUCCCGAGCCCAUCCCCAUCGGCGCGCUCACACUCGACAGGAUCGUUGCUGCCAUUGAGUUCAUGAUCCGAGCUGAGGUGGUGGCAGCAGCAAGAGAGCUGGCAGGGUUGAUUGCCAGGGAGGACAGGGUGGACGGAGCCGUGCAGGCGUUUCACAAGCACCUGCCGCCGGGGUUCCAGUCGCAGCAGCACUGCACACCGUGGCUCGAGGCCUCUCCCAGUGGGCACGGGGACUAUUGGGGGGAGUGCGCGUGGUGGUUGUGGAGCUUCUGGGGGGAUGCAGAGGAGGAAGAGGCGGAGGAGGGGAGCAGCCUGCCUCAGAAAGUUGCUCCCAGUGACCAGUUGGACUCGGGGCUGGCUCUUGGGUGCACUCAGUCAAAUCCGUUUGUAAGAGCUUUCGGACGCCUCAAACCUCUGUUCACCCCUUCCGCACCCUCCUCCCUCUUUCUCCAGGUGGAGGGGUUGGCAGAGUUGGCUCUUGGGCAGCAGGUGGGGGACACGCUCUGGUAG